AUGGCGCCGUUUGUGGAGGAGUCAGCCGUUGUGGCCUCCCUCGCCGCCCAUGCCAGGAAGGCGCCGACAAACCUGGUGGCCCCAGAGCCAGAGCACUGUCCCGGUCCCGAAUCUGAGCAAGCAGGCCAAGGCGAUGCCUGUGCUGGCUGCCCAAACCAACAAAUCUGCGCCUCCGCACCCAAAGGCCCCGACCCCGACAUCCCGAUUAUAACCGAGCGUCUCUCGCAAAUACGACACAAGAUCCUGGUUUUGUCAGGCAAGGGAGGUGUGGGCAAGUCGACGUUCACCACGCUCCUGGCACAUGCGUUUGCUGCGAACCCUGACUCGACCGUUGGUGUCAUGGAUGUUGAUAUUUGCGGGCCUUCCAUCCCCAAAAUGAUGGGCGUGGAAACGGAGACAAUCCACGUGAGCAACGCGGGGUGGAGUCCUGUGUGGGUUACGGAUAACCUGGGUGCAAUGAGCGUGCAGUUCAUGCUACCAAACCGCGAUGAUGCAGUCAUCUGGCGCGGUCCGAAGAAGAACGGAUUGAUCAAGCAGUUCCUCAAGGAUGUGGACUGGGGCGAGCUCGAUUAUCUGAUUGUUGAUACUCCCCCUGGCACUUCCGAUGAGCAUCUCUCAGUCAACUCUUUAUUGAAGGAAUCUGGAGUCGACGGAGCCGUCGUCGUGACUACCCCACAGGAGGUAUCUCUACUUGAUGUCCGCAAGGAAAUCGAUUUCUGCCGCAAGGCAGGCAUUAAGAUUCUCGGGUUGGUGGAGAACAUGUCUGGGUUUGUUUGCCCCAACUGCACACACGAGUCGCAGAUCUUCCGCAAGACCACCGGUGGAGGUCGCCGGCUCGCCAAGAAGAUGGGAAUUCCCUUUCUCGGGGCUGUCCCUCUGGACCCUAGGGUGGGCAUGGCUUGUGACUACGGAGAGAGCUUUGUGGACAACUUCCCAGAUAGCCCAGCUUCCAAGGCUAUCAAGCGUGUUGUCCGUGCUGUCGGUGAAGCGGUUGGGGAGAAUCCAGAUGAUGUCCUUCCCGAGGACCUGGUUGGCUGA